AGAACUAGGCAAACUUGGUUCUCUGCUUGCUUUGUGCCUGCUCGUUUCUUUCUUCCCAAGAAGACACGCUCUCCCUCUGCGGCUCUGCGGCUGCUGUCCUCCGCCGAACGCCAUGUCCGCCGCCCGAUUGCUGCCGCUGCUGCGCCGCCGCCUUGCGGGCGUCCUGGCUCAACCGCCCGCUCCCUCCUCCCGAGGAUUUGUAUUUCCUUCUCCGGCCACUGCAGGGUUAAGAUCCCUCCAAACAAUCAUCGAAGCGACCAACAAUGCGACCAACGAGCCUCGACAGGACCUAGACGAUUCCAAAACCGCUACCCCACCAGCUUCAGCCCCUGCAGCAGAGUCGAGCUUCAAAGUUAGGGACGCCUCGAGCUUGAAGAUCUCACCGAGGCACGACCUCGCCAUGAUCUUUACUUGCAAGGUAUGCGAGACCAGGUCCAUGAAGAUGGCCAGCCGGGAGUCUUAUGAAAACGGAGUGGUGGUCGCCCGUUGUGGUGGCUGCAAUAACCUCCACCUGAUGGCAGAUAGGCUUGGCUGGUUUGGGCAGCCCGGGAGCAUCGAGGACUUCCUAGCGGAGCAAGGAGAGGAGGUGAAGAAAGGCCCAACAGAUACUCUCAGCUUCACUCUGGAGGACUUGGCUGGGUCUCAGGUCAAUGCCAAGGACACUUCUGACCAGAAUUAGGCUUUUCUGUAAUACACUGGCUUCUGGUCCUGCAGCUAUAGAAUUCUUAGGGAACCUCAUGUGGCUUUUCAGCUCAGUUUCUUCAUGGCUUAUCGAGUGGAAUAGAGGCUGUCAAGUUCUCUUGUAAAGCAGCAAUAGCAAGUUUCUUGUAGUGGAGUAACCACAUUUUGUAGUAGGUUGUGUUUCAACAUUUCUUGUUCAAUCACGUACUGACAAAGCAAGAUGUUGAAAUAUUGCCUUCUCAACAUCUGGUCAUGAAAACUGUCAUUUAUUCUGAA